AAAUUAAACAAAGGGAAUUGAAGGAACCAACACCCUCGGAUCCCUUACCCCAUCUGAUCAUUAAUAUAUAAAAGCACUCUCGAGUCUCUUCUCUCAACUCUCAACUCUCAACUCUCAAACUCUCAAACUCUGAAAAGUCUCCCCAAAAUUUUUCUUUUCUUGAUUUUCUUGAUCUUCUUGAUCAAGAAGAACCAGUUCUUGAUAGAUCUCGUUCUGCAACACUAAAACUCUUUCUAUUCUCUUUCCUUAUUUGAUCUUCAUGCGUGGCUCCAUUUUCGUUCCACCCACAACCUCAAAGCCCAAAGAACAAAUCAUCCCCAAGCGAAAGAGGAUUAAUAAACAGAAAAAGCAAAAGAAACCUUCUUCCUGGGAUCAAAUCAAAAGCUUGCUCACCUGCAAACAGAUCGAAGCCUCAUUAGUCCACGACCCAUCAAAGAAAGUAGUCGGUCGUGGUGGGUAUACGAAGCUGGGUUCCACUUGUAGCUCUAUCUGUAGCUUCAGAGAUGUCGUUCACGGCAACGCAAGAGUGGUUCACAGAGCCGAUAACUCGCCGGAAAGCAGUUCUCUGGGUCAAGAAACGGCCCUUCUUAGCCAGAAACCACCGCUGACUAGUGGGUCUUCCACUCGGUCCAACCAUGGCGGCGGAAUCCAAUUGAGGAAGCUUUCGGGGUGUUACGAGUGCCACACCGUCAUUGAUCCUUCCAGGUAUCCAUCUCCAAGGACUAGGAUCUGUUCUUGCUCUCAAUGUGGAGAAGUGUUCCCAAAGAUUGAAAGCUUAGAGCUUCAUCAAGCUAUCAGGCAUGCGGUUACAGAGUUGGAACCACAAGACUCAGGGCGUAAUAUAGUGGAGAUUAUCUUCAAAACAAGUUGGCUAAAGAAAGAUAAUCCAAUCUUCAAGAUCGAACGGAUAUUAAAGGUCCACAACACCCAGAGAACCAUCCAACGGUUCGAAGACUGUAGGGACGCAGUGAAGUCACGUGUGGGGAACAACACUAAAAAGGACCCCAGGUGCGCCGCCGACGGGAACGAGCUUAUGAGGUUUCACUGCACAACCUUAAGCUGCGCACUGGGCGCACGUGGAUCGUCCAGCCUCUGCGGAUCUCUACCUGGUUGCGGAGUGUGCACCAUCAUCCGACAUGGGUUUGCUGGGAAGGCGGCGCACAAUAGUAAAGGGGUGCGUACUACAGCUAGUAGCGGUAGGGCCCACGACUGCCUUGGGAGUACGGAAGGGAGAAGGGCCAUGCUGGUGUGUCGAGUGAUCGCUGGGAGGGUCAAGCGGAUCACGGACGAUCCGCCGCCGGAAGAGGAGAGCGAGAGCGGGUCGGCCACUGGGAUCUACGAUUCGGUCGCCGGAUCCGUUGGAGCGUGCUCGAAUCUUGAGGAGCUCUUUGUUUUCAAUCCAAGGGCUAUCCUUCCUUGUUUCGUUGUCAUAUACAAAGUUCUUGAUUAACCUAAUGAGUAGGUUAGCAAUUAGUGGUUAGUGUUCACUAGCAGCUUUGUAUAAUACAAAGGAGAACAAAUUAGGUUUUGAGGGUUGGCUGAGAGGAGCUUAACCUGUUUCUUUGUAUGUAUAUAUAGAGUAGAUCUUUCUAUACUGUCUCACAUGUGAUCAAAACUUAAUUUUUCUGAGGCUAAAGCUUUGAUUUUGUAUUGUAUCUUGGUUAUAAGGAAUAUUAAAUGAUGUCAGGGGAGGUUAGCUUUA